UGAGCCCAGCCUUUCCAAGUCUUAAGAUCUCUGCACAAAAGGGGGCCAGGCCACCUAGUACUCUUCGUGAGCAGCUGAUGCAGGAGGUCAGGACCAUCAUGGACUACUUGGGGAUCCAGGGAUACGAACAAAUUGAGGCUUAAGGGUAAAAAGGCAUAUUACAUUACAGCUUAGAAUGUCCACCUCUGGAGAAGGCAGCCACCCUGGUGGCACAGUGCCCCAGCCAAUGAUGCAGGUACAGGAGCUGGAACCUCGUGUGGCCCGAAGACGCCUUUCCCAAGCCCGCCACCGAGCCACCAUGGCAGGGCUCUUUGACAACCUGAGGAAGAUUGUUUACUCCAAGGCUGAGCUCACAGCCUCAAAGCAUCCUUCAAUCUGGAUGAUGGGAACGCCCACAGCUUAAAGGAGGUUAAGGAAGAAUAUGCUGCAGUGUUCUCUGGAAAUGAGAGUUUGAUCUCAGAUAGUUUUCUUCAGAAUGGCUCCUUCCCCUGGCACCCAACUGAGGGAGUCGAGAAGGGUGUAGAAGAGGAAGAAGGUGAAGAAGAGGAAGAGGAAAACCAAGAAGAGGCAGAGGAAGAGGAAGAGGGGAAACAAAUGGAUCUUGUACACUCCCUAAGCACUUCACCACCAGACCUCCUGGAAUUUGAGCGGUAUCUCAACUUCUACAAGCAGACGAUGGACCUGCUAAUUCAGAACGGCAUCGUCUCCUCACGGAUGGCUUCCCAGCCUGUCAUCUCGGCAGCCAUCUCCCACCUGUGGCAGACACUCUCUGAGGACAGGAAGGCCAGCGUCCUGCAGGCCUGGAUCCAGCAGCACAGUGGCCUCCUGGACCUGGGCACCGGCCCGCAGCAGGCAUUCGCUGAGGACAGCAUGAAGGACAGCGGUGUGGACAGCCAAGGAGCCAGCUCCUCACUGGUCUCCACCCAGGAAGAGGUCCUCCUUGAAGAUGCCUUCGAUGUGGCAAGUUUCCUUGAUAAAAGUGAAAUUCCAAGUACAUCUGACCCCAGUUCAGUGUUUGCUGGCUUCGACCCAGAAAACUCAGAGAAAAAGUUACAGUUCUACCUGCAGAUCAUCGAUUUUUUGGAGGGCCUUUGCUGCGUUAACACUCAAUUAAAACAGGCUGAGCUGUUUCAUCAUCUUCUGAGACCCUGCGGGAAUAUUUGGGGUCAACUUUUGAAGGAUAAUUUCUGCUCCCCAAAAGCCGACACUGCAGCUUAUGAUGACACAGCUGUGGGGGUCUUGGCUAAGAAAUCCGUUCCUGAAGCUCCUAAGGAACGGGCCCCUCCUGUUGAUGAGGAGAUGCUGCUGCUGAGGUGCCUGGAGACCUUUGAUGACGACGAUUUGUGAUGCAGGAGGGCCGGAUAGGGAAGAAGUCAGAGGACGGUGUGCAGUUUGCAAGUUUGAAUGCUGGCAGCAAUGGUUACAUCUGCCUUGGCCUUCUGCGACUCUUUGGAGCAGUCUAUACA